CAUACUGUCCAGAGGGAGACAAAGGCUCAGGAGGCAGGAGAACUACAUUGAUCAGAAGGCACUGCGCCGCUUGCGCAGGCGCAGUGCUCUGAUCCUCUGAUGACACUGACAGGACUGAGAAUGGAGGCAGUUCUGGCCAAGUGUGAAAAUCAAAUACCUGGCUUCUCUGAAUUGCUUGAAGACUUUCCGGACACUGAAGAGCCCACAUGGAUUCUGGGAAAACAGUAUCACUUAAAAACAGAAAGAUCUGAACUCCUGUCAGACGUGAGGUCAAGACUUUGGUUUACGUACAGGAAGAAGUUUUCCCCAAUUGGGGGGACUGGUCCCUCGUCUGAUGCUGGCUGGGGAUGUAUGUUGCGCUGUGGACAGAUGAUCCUGGCACAGGCAUUAAUAUGCAAACACCUAGGGAUAGAUUGGCGAUGGGAGAAAGGCAAAUGGCAGCCUGAGCAGUAUCAUCGCAUUCUGCAGUGUUUUCUGGACAGGAAGGACAGCUGUUACUCAAUUCAUCAAAUGGCUCAGAUGGGAGUGGGAGAGGGUAAAUCUGUAGGGGAAUGGUACGGACCUAACACAGUCGCCCAAGUAUUAAAGAAGCUUGCCUUAUUUGAUGACUGGAAUGCUCUGGCAGUUUACAUUUCCAUGGACAAUACUGUAGUUAUUGAGGAUAUCAAAAAACUUUGCAAACAUUGGUCUGAAAAUUGCAGGUUACAAACAGAUACCUCGCUAUACAGAGGUGAUGUGUCCAAAAACCAGACUGUGUCUGUGCACUGUAGGGAUUGGAAACCACUUUUGCUGAUCAUACCUCUACGUAUGGGAAUAAACCACAUCAAUCCUGUUUACAUCCACGCGCUAAAGGAGUGUUUUAAGAUGCCUCAGUCUUUAGGAGUCUUAGGAGGAAAACCAAACAAUGCUUAUUAUUUUAUAGGAUUUCUUGGAGAUGAAUUAAUCUAUUUGGAUCCUCAUACGACACAGGCUGCAGUAGACACGGAGGAUGAUGGGAGUGUGGACGAUUACAGUUAUCACUGCCAGCGAAUACCACAUCGUAUGAAAAUUACACAUCUCGACCCGUCAGUAGCUUUAGGAUUUUUUUGCAACACUGAAAAAGAUUUUGAAAGCUGGUGUAAUUCUGUACAGAAGGAAAUUCUGAAAACGCGAAGCUUCCGGAUGUUUGAAUUGGUUGAGAAGCAUCCUGCACACUGGCCUCCUUUUAUACCUGCAACCAAACCUGAAGUGCAGACCACAGGAGCAGAGUUUGUUGAACCAGCAGACAAACUGUUUGAGUCAGAGGAAGAAUUUGAAAUCCUUAAUGUCUAAAGCAUCUAGUUGGACAUUCACACAUUGCUGUUGAAUGACUACAGCAGACUGUUGACUGUUUUUUAUCAUUCAAGCAGCCUUUUUAACAAGACAAGUGCCUGAUUUCAUUAGGACAGAAGAAACUUUACAGCACGCUUGAAAAUAAUGAAAUAACUCCCACUUAAUGAGCAAGUUGCUUCCAAGUAGUUUACUCACAACCUCAUGUACUUAACUUUCUUUUGAACAAAACAGGAAAGGCAGAAAGCUUCUAAAGAAUGGAUCCUCUUCAUUUUUGGGAAUCCAAAGGAGCAAGUGUUAUUUAGAAAAAUAUUCUUGAAAGGAGUUGGUGAUAUAGGGCAGGAGAACAUUGAGAGAAAAUGACUGGAUUUUAGCUGAACAGGAUCUUUGAUGCACAAGGAUGAUAGCAUUAUGCUUACUGUAUGCUUGUGACUGUUAAUUAUCACAUGGAGCGUCUGGAGCCCAUCUCUUGGACAAAUGAGGAUCUUCCCUAUUUAUCUGUUCUUUAUCUGCCAGAACUCGGGGAUGCCUGUCUCGAAUUGUUAUUCGAGGAGUCUUUCAUUAAUGCCGCAUUCCCACUUCAAGUCUUCUGAUUUUUUUUUUUUGGAGGGUGAAAUAUCUAAUGAGAAAUAAUUCCAUUAGUCUUUUUCAACAUGCAUGGGUCUAUUCCACUUUUGGUCAAAUCUGUACUGAUCCUGCAAUUCCGAUAUAUUUAUAGCAUCUUACCCAUGAUCUGUUUUUGUACACUCCAUUAUUGUGUAUUAAUGUGACUGCCCCAAAAUAAUCCAAAUUUUAGCGUAAGCCGCAUCUGUGCAGUGAUUGUAUAUUGGAGUAUCCUAUAACAUUUUAAUACUUUUUAAAUUCCCAAAAAGUUUCCUUUUGAUUAUUUGAACUUAUUUGAAAUUUAGAAAAACCCAGUACCAGUCCUGUACAGUACAAAAAUGCUUGUUUUUAUUUUAAUGAUGCAUGUACAAAGCAUGGGUCAUAUAGGAGCUAUAUGCCAGCUUGGAAAUAUAUAGGAAAUAUAUAGCCAUUUUAAAAAAUGUACCCCAUGUAGCUUUUCAAAUAUUAGAUAUCAGUACCAGCUUCUUCCAUGUCAGCACAGCCCGCCCUGUGCCGAGAUAUCAGCUCCAUUUUUAAGAUGGGCAUGUAGCUUAAUUAGUAUGUGCAAACAAGAGAUGGCACUGCAAUGUCCUUGGGCUUUAUAAUACCCCAGGCAUCCAAAUAUUCAGCAGUUAACCAGUAUGUACUACACACUAUUUGUGAUGGGCAUCUUUGGCUGUUCUGAGUGGGAAGGGACUGAUCUCGUUUAAACGAUGCUGGAUGCAGAAUACUACACAUUAAAUAACCUCAAAAUAAUCUCUGCGUUUAGCUUCUGAAAUAUUUUUAAGUCCUGUCAGUGUUACUGAGAAAAGUCUGAAAGGGUGGUGUACCUGCUAAUAAUUUUUUAAUAAACAUUUAGCUCAGGAAAACUAAAAUAAAUUAGCUUGAAAUUGUAA